AUGGCCUCUAAUCUAAAAGUCAUCUUCCUGCUUCUUUGGUCGCUUCAGUGUGGAGGGCAAAAUGUGGAUGUACAGCAGAAACCUCCAAUCCAUGUUGCACUGCUCAAGGAAGGAAUAUCCAUCCCCUGUAAAGUCAUCUUCCCUUACCUGCCAAAAUACACUAAAUUUUCAGUCUUCUAUUACUGGAUUGAUUCACUGGGCCAGAAAACAUCCAUCUCUAGAAAGCUGGAAAAUGUAAUCAUCCCUUCUGGAAAAGAGAAUACAACUGCUACACUAUCUUAUGACUACAGAAUCAUGCCACUUGAAAACACCUUUUCUACUGGCACAUACUACUGCAAGGUCGAAUGGAAUGACAUCCAGCAAACAGGAAAAGGAGUGUUUGUGCUUGCUAGAGGUACAGGGUACAUAGAGACCUCUUAUGGGUGGGGAGUCCUCAUUACCCUUACUGCUCUUCUUGCCACAUUGAGCAUCACCGCAACAGCUCUGUUUCUGUGGAAAAGAAAGGUGUUAUGCCCUAGAAGGAACCAGCUGAAUAUCCUGAGGCAGAAGGUGGAAACGCAGCCCCCUUCAGCCAACCUAUCAUCACCACCACCACCACCACCACCACCUUCUGUCUAUGACUGCCUGGAUUUGCAGCAAGUUGAUGUCUAUUCUUCUAUCCUUGAGAACAACACAAACAACCCGUCAUCCAGGAAGAGUCUUCCAGGGAAGAGACCUAAGAAGCAAACAACUCUAGAAGAAUCCUCUGAUACAUUGUAUGAGAAUAUCUAA